AUGCUUGAACGGAACGGAGUCAAGUCAACGGAACCGGGUCGGUCAAACAACUAGGUACCUACCUAAUAUACUUGGUCUGUGCGAGAAACUGAGAAACGGAUCGGAUAAAUCAAAUCGUUUUUUUACAUCAUCGUGCUAAGCUACUGAAACAAAUUAAGGAUUAAUGGAUUUUAGACCUCUAUUUAAGGCGUAAUACACAUAAAUUGUGCAGUAAUUGUGAUAUUUUUUAAUAUUUUAAUUAAAACUAGUUAAAUGUCUACUCUAGAAAGAAUUGAAUUGAAGUUAACCUUCAAGUUUAUUAUGGUAUGGCGCUAUGAAUGCUAAGGUUUGUGUGAAUUGUGGAAAUAAGAAUCCUGUGAACGGAAUAGACAAUCGUUUGGUGACUGAAAGCUGCGGUCAUGUAAAAUGUAUGCAAUGCUUGCUUCUGGAAACUACUGGUUGCGACGCAUGUAAGAAAAACAAUGGACAUAAGGAUUUUGAUAGUAUCGAAGUCUCCGGAAAUGGUGUAAAAUCUACUGGUGAAGAAACUGAUCCAUCAGAGACGCUGCUAGACGUUACUAAGGGAAGCCACGGUAUAAAUAAUACUAAAUUGGAAAUAUCACAUAUUACAGUAGAAUCAGAUGCCAGUGCCAAACGCUAUACGUGUACAAUUUGCAAAAAGAAGUUCAAUGCACGAAGUCAAGUGAAGUACCAUGCAUACUGCAACGGUCAGCCAAAGCCGUUUCCAUGUCCUAGUUGCAAUGAGGUAUGUAAAGUAAUCAACUUAGAAGUUGAAGAAAACCGCAUGACAGAAACGCUGUUAUUGUCAUUAUACCACCCAAUCAAGAGUUUCGUAACACAUUCACACUUUGAGUACCACAUGCGGCGGCACCUCGAAGACCGACGUUUCGCGUGUGAAUUCUGUGACAAGACCUUCAUGCAGAAGUCUAACCUACAGCGACAUCGACUAAGGCAUACAAAGGAGAGAAAUCAUCCGUGCAAGCAAUGUGGGAAGACGUUCAACAACAGAUCGGCGUUGCGGAAACACACGCUCUUGCACACUGACGAGCGACCCUACCGUUGUAAAACCUGCGGACUCAAAUUCCGGGACUCCUCAAACUACAGGAAACAUGUCAAAAAACAUGAACGCGAGAAGUAUACAUGCGCGACCUGCGGACGCGCGACGGUGACGACGCGCGCAUGCGCCGACCACGCGCCGGCGCCCGAGGAACGCAAGUACAAGUGCCCGCAGCCGGACUGCACGCAGGCCUUCUACUUGCGCAAGGAUCUGCGCAGACAUGAACAGGUCCAUACAGAUACGAAGCCGUACGCAUGUACGACGUGUCCGGGGCGGUUCCGUCGGAAGGACAACUUGGACAGACACAUGCGCACUACGCACGGGGAGCGAGAGCCCGACGCGGCACCAGCACCCGCUGCCACACAGAAGAAAGUAUCGGUAAAACCGGACGAUCCCCCCAACAACACUCGCGAGGAAGAAUGCGAAAAGGCGAAACUGGAAGAGCUUAACCCGUUACCCCCACUACCAGAAGCAGAGCUGCAGAAACAUCUAUACACACAGAAGAGCCAGGUCAAAGAAAGACAGAAGGAGGAACCUAUUAUGGACAAAACAUCAAUAAUGGAAGCGAACAACGCUAGAGAGAGUGUCAUUGUGGGUAACUUCUUAGACAGGAAAAUAGCCAGCCCAAUACCAGAGUACGUCCAUAAAAUCAGAAAGGCCAACUCUUUGAGUUGCCGUAGACAAGUUCCACUGCCUCCAAUGGACGAGAGAAAGUUUAUAGAGCUAGCGGCUAAGGACAGAAACAACUUGGACAUUGGACCAUUGCCAAAGAACAUACAACCGUACAAGAACAUUCUAGAAGAGGAAAAGGUUCCAGAGGUGCACUGGAAGAAAAGACUGAAUGAUAACGAAUGAAGUCUAAGACUGAUGGCUUAGUUGGUAAGGUACUUGGUAAGAUAUUUAUAUUUUAAAUUAUUCUUGUGUAUACUUAGUGUAACUGAUGUUACAUAUGCAAAGUUGAAUGUAAAACAUAUGAUUAAGAUGUAAGGGGCAAUCAGUCAAUAAUAUGCUCAAAAUAAUACAGGGUGUUAGUGUCACCGUACCGAAUACUAGGGGAUGGUUCAGCUCACGAUUCUCGAGUUAAGUAUCAAGUGGAACUUUCCGUCACAAAUAAAACACUAACAGUGUUACUACAAAACACAAACUAAAAAUAAACUAGGUUUUAAAUAGUAUUUCGCGCCACGAAAGAAGUCUGCGGAUUUUAAUGAAAUUAACUUGACAAGUCAUAAUAAUUCUAUGCAGAAUCUGCGACAGUAGCGCCGCGGCCUUCGGGACUUCUAUCGUAUACGGAUUAUAUUUGAACAUAGUUUAUCAAAAUCAUGAGUUGAAUCAUCCCCUCAGUAUUCGAUAAGGUGUCACUAACGCCCAUACAAAUAUGUUAGGGCGUCUAAGACGCGUAUCGAUUUGUGUUUUAGCUUAAUCACAGAAUAAAGAAUGAUACUUCAAAUAGAACGCUGUCUCCACCCCGCACCGAUUGUUAUUGGGCGCCAACCUCUCCCCCUCUGGGUCUUGACGUGACUUAUUGUAGAUUUGCCUCACAUGGCAUAGAUAACUUGGCCGGACAAAUGGGGACGACUGAAGGCUCUCACCCGGUACAAAAUUCAAGACAACGGGGCAGAGGGUGUCCAGUUGGGGUGUAGCCCACUAUUUAAAUUACGAAUUUCCAUUGAUGGAAAUACUGGGACACAUUCUCCCACUAUUUCAAAAAAAAAAAAAAAACGCUGCGUCACCUCUUACUUAUGACUGCGUGCGCAUAGACACUAUUUAUUUCCUCUUUAGAUAAAAUCUCGUACAUAGUAGCAAUUGACUGUUAUUAAAGAGGAAAAAGAUUCUCAAAAAAAAAAACGCAGUUGUGUUAAACUGUGUUUUUCUGCCGCAAUGGGAAUAAUGGGAUAUAAUUUAGAAGAAACGACAGUGCCAUUAUUUCCCUUUUGUAUUUCCGUGGAAAUAGUGGGAUACACCGUCCAGUUGGGCACUUACCUCGGCCCAGGGCGUAGUCUGAUCGAUAUGCGCGGAAUGAGGGAAACUGUCGGCCACCCUGGCGCGGUCGUAUCAGGGUCAGAAGAGGGUUAAAUGACCGUGAGCCUCUAAGGAGCAAGGGAAAGUGCUCAGACUGUGCUCUCGCUCGCAAAUACGCGUUUGGCAGCAUAUGGUAAGAAUUUUUGUAUGGAAGUCCGUUGGGAAGGAAAUUCCCAGUAGUUCAACUGUUAACUACUCGGUAAGACUACUGCGAAUACGGGGAAUGUUCGGUGUGUGGCUUAAAUUAACCAUUAUGAAGCAACAAAAUAUUCACAAUGUUAGUUCGAACGGCUUUUAUACUUUUCCAUUCCCUUCCAUACAUUUUCGAUUUAGUACCAAUGUUUGCCAACGGCGCUCUUUUUUGUAGUUUGGGUAGGGGCUUUGGUGUGUUGUUACGACCCCGCCGGCGUGGUCGACGAUUUCCCUCAUUCAGCGCUUAUCGCUAUCGAUCGACAAGGGUCGAUUAAUUCUUUCAAAUAUUUUUCCUCUCAGACGACGCCCUGAGCCGAGGUUCGCGCCCAACUGGGCACCCUCAGGCUGUUGUCUUAAACUUUUACCAGGUGAGAGCCUUCAGCGCUCCCCAUUUGUCCGGCCAAGUAGUUAAUGCCAUCUGCGGCAAAUCUACAAUAAGUCACGUAAAAAAAAGGUGUGUUGUUACACUAUUUCGCCAUGGAGUAACUAGAUGUCGCUAGCCGUAUAAGUUCACACAUGGAAGUGAGUGACAUCUAGUGGCAGUUUGUCGUAUCAUAAACACUUUAGUACAAAUGCUUCCCACUGGCUCCAUUUACCUAUGGCGUGGGACCGUCUGUUCACAUAGUACCUAUAUUAGUUACUCCAUGCUAUUACAAAAUGAGGAGUUUUUCAGUAGAUAUAGUAAUUUUAGUUCUUUCAAUGAUAAAGAUAUGGCGAUUAAGUCACUUUUGGAAGUUUAUUCAAAGAAAUAAAUAAAAACGAAAUGGAUCAGUCCAUUUAUUUCCAUCAUUGACUAUAAAUGAUGAUGAAUGACAGUUUCAUUUAUGUUGUUUAUUUAUAAGAAGUAUUUAAUAUGAAAAUCCAAAUAUAUGGCAUGCCAUACAAAGUUUUACUAAAGCUAUGUGAACGCCAUCUCUGUAUAAUGAUGGAACUAACUGGAAAACUGCUCAUUAUCAUAGUAAUUUAAAAUUGACAUAUCCGCCCUUCAUACACACAGGCAGCGGGGGCGUUUCGGGUCGGGAAUAUUUUGUAGGUAAUGUUCGAGUUUGUAUGUUCAAUUUACCGCGCGGUGCGUUGUCAUACAGUCAUGAGCAAUAUUAUGUACCCACUUUAGGACUCUAUCGCACUAACAUAUUUGACAUUUAGUGAGACUUACGGUUCAAUUUGUCAAGAAAGUUAAUGUGACAUGGUACCAAAGUGUAUAGGUACAUAUUAAUGCUCGUGACCGUACACGCACAUACAGAUUAAUAUUGAAACUUGUUAAGUAAAACCCCGAGAUAAUGAAUUUGUGCUGAACACACCUCGUGGUCUUACUAAGUCUGAUGCAGAAGUUGCGCAAGAAUUUUUAAAUUACUUUAUUCCAAUUGCAACUACAAUUGAAACACUCGCUCCCCGGCCAGCAACGCGGUACCGCUUGUGUGUAGAGAGUAGUAAUGGGCGAUUUAAUGAUUCAUUCGAAAGUAUUCGAAUUAUUCGGUUGUCCCAAAGAAAACAUUUGAAUGAAUAAAAACAAUCGAAUAAACGGUCAUUCGAAUGAUUUUUCAUCGUGCACAUGAAUUGAAAUUUAAUAAUAAAAUGAAACUACUCAGUAGAACGCUAAAAUAUUAUAUAUGUGUUAUUUAAAUUCAAAACUGUGAUGUUGCACUCGUUACGUAAACAUAAAAUCAUUCCAAUUAAUUAUUUCGGUUAAAAAUCAUUCGAAUGACUAUUUUUUUAUUCGACAAAUGAUCUUUCGAAUACCGUAUACGGGAAUAAUUAUGUUAUUUUUUAGAACAAUCGCCCAUCGCUAGUCAUAGAUAGUGGAUAGAUUCAUUGUCUUUGAUCUCAUACAGCAGUUAUAUAACCCAUUUCUGUGCCCAUUGAACUUGGCCACAUGAUGUAUUAUUGUGAUAUUUUUUAUUUUAAUAAAUUAGAUAUUAAUA